AUGGCUCCAAAGCAGGAGAUUCUUUGUUCCGAAGUCAUUCUGGAGAAAUAUGGUCGCUCCCUGGAGGGCAAAACCAUUCUCAUCACCGGCGUCUCCGACGAGUCAAUUGCCGGCGAACUGGCCAUCCUCCUCAGCAGCGCUAAUCCCGCUCAGCUGAUCCUGUCGGCUCGCGCCGAGUCCAGGGCUGCCACCGUCAUCGACAAGAUCAAAGCGGCCAAUCCCCAGGUCGCCGUUCGAUUUCUUCAGAUGGACCUGAGCAGCCUGGCGGAUAUUCGAAAGGCGGUUGCCACCCUCGAUGACGUCCCGAAACUGGACUCGUUCGUCGCCUGCGCGGGGGUGAUGAUGCCCCCGUAUAACGUCACGGCCGACGGCGUGGAAUCCCAGUUUGCCGUCAACUAUCUUUCCAACUUCCUGCUGGUGAAGCUGCUGCUGCCGAAGAUUGAAGCGGCAGAGCCUUCGUCGUCGAUCUUGAUAGUGGCCAGUUCCGCAGUGCGGCAGGGACAGGUCUUUUUCGACGAUAUCAAUUUCAGCGAUGGAAAAACCUACAAUCCUCUGACCGCGUACGGACAGUCCAACGCCGCGCGGGUCAUGUUCGCAAAGAGUCUUGCCGAGAAGCUGCGCGAUCGCAAAAUUCGAGUUUUCAGCAUUGACCCUGGAGACCUAGACGGCAGACAAUACUAUCUGCCACCGUGGACGUCCAGGUCCGAAGGAGCAGCCAGCAUCGUCACCGGCAUGAUCGAUCCGACUGUCGAAGACUCGAGCGGGGCCUUUUUGCACAACAACGCCGUUGCAGACGACGAGCUUCAUUCGCACAUUUUAAACCGUGAGAACUGGACCAAGCUGUGGCAGCUGAGUGAGCAGUUCAUCGGAGAGGACUUUACCCUUUGA